AUGGCCGCCAACUUGCCGCCGCACAUGACGCCCAUCGGCCAGAUGGGCGUGCCGCAACAGGCGCGCAAGGCUUCUGCCCAGCAGAUGCAGCAUUAUGUCUACAACAACCUUAUUCAGACCGCGCAACCAGCCAACGGCAUCGGCUGGCACGCCGGCGUCAGCAUCAACGAUCGUCUGGGGAAAACCAUGGACCUCAUCACGAACCUUGCCUUGGCCCACAACGGAAUCGAUCAGAUGCGCGGCGCCGACUUUGCCUGCAACUUUGAGCGCGAGGUGUACCACAAGUCCCCUAGCAAAGAAGCCUACGAGCAAUCCAUGACCAACAAAACGAUGGAGUUCUUCAAGAAGCGACAGGCCAACGAGCCGCACCUCCAGAACAGCUUAAACGUCCAGGCCCAAGCCGCCCAGGCCGCCCAGGCCCAGGCCAUGAUGAACAUGCAAGCCCAGAUGGGUCGGGGCAUGGCCCCGGCCGCUCAGCAGGGGUUCCAGCACCUGCAGCACCAGAUGCCAGCCUCCCAGAUCCCGCAGCACGGCCUUCAGCAGCAACCGCAGCCCAUGGGCAUGGGUGCCAUGGGUGCCAUGGGCAUGGGGGCCAUGGGGGGCAUGGGCAUGGGCAUGGGAAUGCAGGCCGGCCGCGGAGCCCUGGGUCAGAACCAGCAGCCGAUGGCCGUGCCUCAGAUCCGACCGCAGCAGAUCGCCGCAGAGAUGGCCAGGCUUGCCCAGGCGGACAAGGCCAAGGUCAUGGAGUUGGCCUCCAAGAUGAUGGUCCAGACCAACGAACAACAGAAGGCGCAGCUGCGCGUGAAUCUGCAGCAGAAGUUGCCGCCGCAGCAGCUUGCCGAGUUUCAGGCCCAGGGGAAAGACCCCCUACUCUGGUUCUUUCAGACCCAGGCGUUCCACGCGCUCAAGAACAACAUGAAUCGCCUGCAGCAGCAGCAACAGCAGCAGCAGCAGCAGCAAGGAGGGCCGCAGGGUCAGAACGCCACCCAGGCCGCCAUGAUGCAGCAGCAGCAUAGCCAACAGUCUUUGCAACAACGCCAAGGCAUGAUGGGCGCGGGCGCCGGGCAGCCAAACGACUUCUCGCAGUUUGCUCCCAACAUGGACAGCAUCAAGGAUCAGCAGAUGACUGGCCUCAUGGCCCAGCAGGCUGGCCAGAUGGUCGUGCCGGCCAGCAAUGCCGGCGCUCGAAACGGCACUCCCCAGCCCGGAAACCAGAACAUCCCCGGUCAGCAGGGUCAGAAUCAAACCCCGCGUCAGCAGAUGCAGCAAACUCCGCAGCAGAUGCAGCAGGGCGUCAACCUCCAGCAGAUGAAGAUGAACCAGGCCCAGCAGUCCCAGGCCCAGCUCCAGAUGACGCAGAUGCAGGGCGCCAACGGAAUGACCGCCGGCGUCCCUCCCUCGCAGAGCCCGGCGAUGAACACCCUGAACACGCCCGUAUCCCGCCCCCCGAGCGCGAUAAACGGCAUGGGUGCUCAGGGCAUGGGCCAGAACAGCAUACAGUUUGGGGAUCAACGCUUCAACCAAGGCAUCCAACGGCCCAACAACCAAGCCUUUCAGGCGAUGCUGGCCAGCAUGACGCCAGAGCAGCAGCAGUCGCUUCACGGCCUGCCUCCGGAGAAACUCGGCGAGGUCAUGCGUCGAUGGCAAGCCCAGCGGCAGGAGCAGAUGGCCAUGAGUCAGAUGAACCAGCAGAACCGGCCGCAGAACCAGUUCGGCGGCCCGAUGAACAUGAACAUGGCCGGCGCCCAGGGCCCCCUGGGCAUGCAGGCGCAGCAGCCAAGCGGCCCGGCCGCCAACGGAGGUCUGUCGCUGCAGCAGCAGCAGCAGCAACAGCAGCAGCAGCAACAGAUGCAGAUGCCACGAAUUCCCGCCCAGGGCGCCCAGGCAAUGAUGGACCAGAUGGAUCUGCCGCCUCAAGUGCACAACCAAAUUGGCCAGCUGCCGGUCGACGUCAAGAAGUGGAGGGACCUGAAGUUAUGGCUGAGUCAGAAUAACAGUCUCCCUCAGACCGUCCGGAGCCAGCUCGGCGCCCUUCAGCAGAAGCAAUUCCAGAUCAUGAUGCAGAGGCGAGCCGGGGCCCAGCCGCAGACGGCCGGCCAAAACGUGGCCAUGAACCCGGCGGCGGCGGGAAUGCCUGGCCAGAUACCGAAUCAGCAGCAGAUGGGAAUGCAACGGCCAGUCGGCAAUCCGCCCCCCAAUCUGCUCCAGGUCACGCCCCAGGAACUCAUGCAGAUCCGCAGCCAGAAGCCGGCGUUGGCAAACGUGCCUGACGAGCAGCUCCGAGCCAUGGUUUUGCAGAUGAAGCGGAACCAGUGGAUGCAACAAACGCAGCAGCAGCAGAUGAGGGCGCAGCAGCAGCAGCAGCAGGCCCAGGCCCAGGCCCAGGCCCAGGCCCAGGCCCAGGCGCAAGCGCAGGCACAAGCACAGGCUCAGGCCCAGGCUCAGGCCCAGGCUCAGGCCCAGGCACAGGCACAGGCCCAGGCACAGGCACAGGCUCAGGCUCAGGCGCAAGCGCAGGCACAGGCACAGGCUCAGGCACAGGCACAGGCGCAAGCGCAGGCACAGAGCCAGGCGUCCGGCAUUCCGCAAGGCUCCAUGCAGAUGCAGCCGACGCCGUUGCCACAGCAGCAGAACCGCACGCCGCAACAACAAGCCAAGGCGGCGCCGAACGCCUCCAUGACGUUGGCUGGUGGUCAGAAGCAGCCGCAAGGCCAGGCUGCUGAGCAGGCACGCAACAACCGACCGCAGCCGGCAAAGGGCAGUCUCAAGCGACAAAACAGCGACGAUGCUGGGCAAGAGUCUCCCGCGGCCGCGAACGCGCCCGGUGCGGGACCGGCGCCGCAACCUGGUCAGCAGCAAGGCUCCAAGGGAUUCGCGUCCCUCAACCCUCAGCAGGUCGCCCAGCUGAACCCGGAGCGACGGGCCAAGUACGAGCAGUAUUCCAAGAUGCAAUUGGCCGGCCAGGGCCAGCAGGCUGCCAGCCUCAUGCAGCAAUUGGCCGGCGGAGAGGCUCUCGCUCGCCUGAAGCAGUUCAGCACGGAGGAAUCGAAGAGCCAUCAAGGUCAAGACAUGCCGGACAUCCCGAUGUCGCAGCAGGAGCACAACGAGACGGCCGCCAAGCUCAGACGAAUCGCCCUCGACAUGCACAAGGUCAGCCGCGGGCUCACUAAGUGGUACUCCCUAACCGGGGAUGAUGUGCGGGCCAGGAUGUUUUUCCGAACUCGAUUGCGGAUCAUGAAGCAGUUUUCCGAUAGCGAGACGAUGAAAGCCCUAAAGGACAAGUUCAGCAUUCGAUCGUCGGAGAUUGACCAAGCCCGCGCCGUGCUCGAAAGCAUGGCCAAGGACCUCGCGGCGAGCAUGCUGAAGAACGGGAUGCUGAAACCCGCCGGCCAGGCGCAGCAGCCUCCUCAGGCGACGACGCAGCCCCAGGGCGGCGGUGGCCAGCAGCGCCCGCCGCAGGCUGGCCAGCAGGGGAAGCCGGUUCCCCUGAACGCAGCCAACCUGGAGAAGAACUCGCAGGCGAUCAACAAGAUGAACCAGCAAAGGACGACGGCCAAGGCAGGCCAGGCGCCGACGGCGGCGGCGGCGGCGGCGGCGUCGCAGCCGCCGUUUGCCUUUGGCGCGACGUCGCCUCACGGAAACCCAAGUUACAUCGGCAAGCCAAAGGACAUGAACCUUCAGCUGCCGCCGGCGCGGAAGAAGCAGAAGCUUGCGGGACAGCAGCCCGGCCAAACGCCGCCGGGCGCGACGCCCUCGCCCACCAUGGUCAAGAACGCGUCUCCCGAAGCGCAGCGGGCGGAGCCUCCGAAGCCGGUGUUCACCUGCAAGGAUGCCGAAUGCGCCACGUCGACGCUCGUCUUCCCCAACGACCAGGCGCUGAAGCAGCACAUCCAGGAGGAGCACGUCAAGCCGCAGGAGGACCCCCUGAAGUUUGUCAAGGAAAACUUGGCGCUUGCCUUGGGCCUGGAGCUCGACGGCAGCCCUAAGGCGACGCCGAAGCCGGCCGAGGCGUCGACGGCGAUGAGCAGGGCGACGUCGAAGCAGGGCCCGACGCCGGCCAUGAAGAGGUCCGGAAGCGCGGCCGCAUCGAAGACGGAAACGCCCGGAUCCAAGCAGCGCGGCGACGAAAAGGCAAGCGACUCGGCGGCGUCGUCGGCUCAAGCGAACCCCUGGGCGGGCUGCACCAUCGAUCCUCAGGUCUUCAUCGCCCACCUGGGCUGGGAGAAGGGCAUUGGCCUCCCGAACAUUGUCAGCGAGGCCAACAUGUACCGGUCCCUCACGCCCAAGGACACGCCCGAGUCGAGCAAGGACGGUGGCUCGAGUGAACCCAACAGCGACAUCUCCGAGGGUGCGGCACUCGACAUCGAUCUCUACUGGUACAACUACGAGUCCUUCGACUCGGACGUCUUGAUCGGUCUCGACACGACGAAGCUGGACGAGAACGCGGCCGCGAAGGCGUCCGGCGGGGAGGAGACGCUCGAUCCGCUCGUGCUCAUGGAACCGCCCUCGGGGCUCUCGCUGGGCUGGGACAAUUGA